UCAUUACUAGUUGCUUCCAGAAAAAAGCCACAAAGAUGAAAGAAGAUCCAUUGAUGAAUUCUUCAUCAUUAGCUUCAGCUGCAAGGGAAGUGUUCUACCUCAUCACCCUCACACUUCUCACACUCCUUUUACCCCUCUCCUUCCUCCUUCUAUCAAGGCUCGCUACUCUUCAAUACUACCUUCAAACCCUCACUUUCUAUUACCACCAUUAUUCACCACCUUAUCUUCUCUCCCUUGCACUUCGUAUUGGUCCUUCUCUUCUCUGCAUUCUUGUCUCCAUUCUUACUGUUGCAUCCUUGUUCCAUGGCUUCACCGGUGGUAACAUCACCCUUUUCCCAUAUUCUUCUUCUUCUUUUAAGCCUCGUCUCUACACUGCGUGGAUUCUUCUUUGCGCGUUCCAAGUUUGUGUUGGGUUAGGCAUUGAGGGAAGCAUUCAAGCUGGUUUUUACGAUGAUGACGGCGACUCGGGUUCUGGCGUUGAGAGGAGCCUCUUGAGGAGGGUGGUGUUCCUCUUGGGGAUGCACGAGACAACACAUGUUUGGUCCAAGAUGGUGGUGAGGCCGGUGGUGGAUGACACGGUGUUCGGGGUGGAAGCAAGGAAGGAGAGAUUGGUUGAGAGGGUGGUGAUGGCGGCGAGCCUAGGAAGCUUGUGGUGGUGGAAGAUGAGGGAGGAUGUAGAGACAUUGGUGGUGAUGGGUGAGGUAAAGAAGGAACAGUUUAUGGAUGUGGGAAUGGGUGAUUUUGUUGGAUGGUGUUUGUAUUAUGUCACUGUCAUAAUUGGGAUCAUUAAGAUUCUCAAGGCUCUUAUGUGGAUCUUCAUGAUUUCCUUCUCUAGAAGAAGAAGAACAAGGAUUUCCAUGGUGGAAACUAGUGAGGACAAUGACGCCAAGGUGUAAAAGUAAAACUUAAGCAAUAUUCUCUAUUUUUUCCUUUUUUCUUUUCAUGCCCAAAUUUGUUGUAUUAGGGACAUGAAAGUAAUAUUCUUAUGGGCACCCAAAAUAAAUUAAAAACAAAAAAAUUAUUGUUAUACCUUUUUGCUGAGUUACAAUAGAUUUGUAUUGGAUAUUUGUAUAUUAACAACACCACUUUGUAUAAGUAUAAAGCAUUAUG